CCCAACCUAAAAAAGCUGUCCCUAUUUACUAUGUCUCUGCCCAGAUAUGGGUAUUCGAUUAAUGAACUGAUUCGUGGUUGUCCAAUGCUUGAGGAAUUAUCGAUCGUCGAAGUGAAUUUUGGGGGUAUGGAUAGUAUUUACAUUCAGUCUGACUUGCUGAAGAAGUUGUGUAUUGAGUUCUACAACCGAGAAGAUGAAUGUACUAUAGUGAUUGAUGCACCGAAUCUUGAGUACUUUGUGUAUGCUGGGUCUAAAGUUUCCGAUUUUGCCAUUAAGAGCUUCAAGUCUCUUCAUUCAGCUUCACUUGAUUUUGACCUGAUGGGAGGAUUUUCUAACGAUUCUUAUUCUCGUGAGGCCAAGAUUUUUGAAGAAUGUUCGAUUGCCAAUCGCUUGUGUUUGUAUGGUGCAGCCGUAUUGGCACUGGACUCUGUUACCCUGUGUACGUUUCCUAAUUUGACAUGUUUGGCUCUCGGAAGUGUUGGAAGCUGGUACAAAUGCGAAAUGCUGGCACAUUUUCUUCAGAAAGCACCUAAACUCGAGUCGCUUAAGUUCGAAAAGGAACUCGACGUGCAUGCGAGGUGGGAUGUUGGGGCCUUUGCAGCAUUCGAGUCUGUGCUCCAUGAGUUCCCUGUCUGUUUGAAACGAUCCUUGAAGAAAAUCGAGCUUCUACAACUCCACGGGCACGAAGAUGAAAUCAAGUUAAUAGAGUAUUUCUUGAAGAAUGGGAGAGUGCUCCAGGAAGUUGUAGUAGUCUAUUAUCGAAAUCCUCUUGAUCCCGAUAUUCUAUCAAGAUUUUCUGGCUGCCCAAAAUGCUCAACAAAAUGUCAAGUUCUCUUCAAAGAGGGAGAUAACGAGACAGCUUCGUACCCCGACAAUCGUAGGCAAUGGUUUUGAAAGAGAGCGAGUAUGAUAGUAACCAUUGAAUCUUCUUCGAUAAAGCUUUGGCGCAUUUCUAGAGACCUGGCUACUUCAGACUGCUUGCUGUCUGUACCAAGAACAAGACCAAAAUUAGAUUGCUACUCUCUCUGGUAUUUAAGAAAGGUGUUGAAAAGCG